GGUUUUCAGUAAAUGGUCUGUUAAAAUCGAUCUCAAGGUUCCCAACCGCUAGGAGGACGGGAGAUUGAAUUCAGCUUGAGACAAUUUGUCUGAUGGAGACCGGAGGCAGCAGCGAGAGCCCGGCGGAGCCGAAGAAAGGCAGAUCCCGAGCGCCGAAGAAGGCGGCGGAGAGUCUUCUCAAGCAGAAAUCGCCGGCGGAGUUCUUUGCGGAGAACAAGAACAUCGCAGGGUUCGAUAAUCCGGGGAAAUCCCUGUACACCACGGUCAGAGAGCUAGUGGAGAACUCGCUGGAUUCUGCUGAAUCCAUUUCCGAGCUCCCCGUGGUAGAGAUUACAAUUGAAGAGAUAGGGAAAAGCAAGUUCAACUCCAUGAUUGGGCUUAUUGACCGGGAGAGGGUUGAUGCAGCACUCUAUGAUGAUUAUGAAACAGCAAAAGAGCGUGAGAGAAGAUUAGCGAAGGAGGCUCGUGCCCAGGAAAUUCAAGCCAAGAAUGCUGCUUCGGGAAAGAAAGUUAAGGAGCAGUCUGCUGGCAAAGGCAUGAAGGGUCGUGGUGAGGGUUCGUUUUACAGAGUGACUUGCAAGGAUAAUGGGAAAGGGAUGCCACAUGAUGACAUCCCAAAUAUGUUUGGCCGAGGUGUUUUGCUUAUUUUGGUGCUUAAGUACCUGGCUUCUGGUCCAGGUGUUCUGUCUGGGACAAAGUAUGGCCUCAAACAGACACGUGGGAAGUUUGGUCUGGGUGCAAAAAUGGCUCUGAUUUGGUCCAAAAUGAGCACAGGGCUUCCUAUUGAAAUUUCAUCCUCAAUGAAGGGCCAGACAUAUAUGACCUUCUGCAGGCUGGACAUUGACAUCCAUAGAAAUGUACCUCAUGUUCAUGUACAUGAAAAGAGAAAGAAUGACAACAAGUGGCAUGGAGCUGAAAUUCAAGUGGUCAUUGAGGGGAAUUGGACAACUUAUCGUUCAAAGAUACUGCAUUACAUGCGGCAAAUGGCUGUUAUCACUCCUUAUGCCCAGUUUCUUUUCAGAUUUAUAUCAGAGACAUCAGAUAAAAACGUUACCAUAAAAUUUGCGCGGAGAACAGAGGUUAUGCCACCAGUUCCUCUUGAGACAAAGCACCAUCCAUCAUCUGUAGAUAUUCUGCUGAUAAAACGUCUGAUUGCCGAGACUUCCAAGCAGAAUCUUCUGCAGUUUCUUCAGCAUGAGUUUGUAAACAUCGGGAAAUCACAUGCUGAACGCUUAAUUGGGGAAAUGGGGUCAGAAUUUAGUGCCAAAAUGCCCGUUAAAUCCCUUACUGAUCAGCAGAUAGUUCGCAUACAUCAACUGUUUCGUCAAGCCAAGUUUGAUGACCCUACUGGAGAUUGUCUUAGUCCUGCAGGAGAAUAUAAUCUUCGUCUUGGAAUUAUAAAAGAGCUUCAUCCAGACAUGGUUGCUACUUAUUCGGGCAGUGCUCAGGUAUUUGAAGGACACCCAUUUAUUGUGGAAGCUGGUGUCAGUGUCGGUGGAAAGGACGUAAAGCAGGGUUUGAACAUCUUCCGUUUUGCAAAUCGCAUCCCUCUUCUGUUUGAGCAAGGUGCUGAUGUUGUGACCAGGACUGCCCUCAAGAGAAUCAACUGGGGUACUUACAAGAUAAACCAGACUCAGGACAAAAUAGGCGUCUUUGUAAGCAUUGUCAGCACAAAAAUCCCCUUCAAAGGCACUGGUAAGGAAUACAUUGGAGACGACAUCAAGGAGAUUGCUACUGCUGUCAAGUCAGCCAUUCAGCAGUGCUGCAAUCAGCUGAAAUCCAAGAUCAUCAAGAAACUGCAGGCACGCGAGCAGCAGGAGCGAAAACGCAACAUAGGCAGGUACAUCCCAGAUGCCUCAGCUGCUAUCUACGACGUCCUGCAAGCGAUGACACAGCUCCAUGCAUCGAAGAAGAGGCGCUACAACGAAGAAGACACAGACCUGGUCUCUAAGGUCGCAUCUCGAUCCAUCACCACGGCCACUCUCAAGGAGAAGCUCUCUGAGCACGUUGCACGGGUGGACUAUGAGAUGGCCCUGGAAUACGCGACACAGAGUGGAGUGAGCGAGGAGCCUAGAGAAGACGUUUACAUCCAAGCGCUCGAGCCUGCUGCUGCUGAUGGCAAGAAGUUCCUCGACUUCCAUAGUCCCGCAUUCGUCUUCAGACUCGUCUGUUGAUAAGAAUCUUUCGAAAAAGCACAUAUUUAUAUCUUGUAUCCAUCUUGUGCUGAUCAUAAGAAAUAAUCUUAUGUUAGAAUGUAAUGCUUCAUUAGUACCAAGUACCAACUGUGUAUGGUAUAUACUAAACACUGAUAUCUUGUAUUCCAACAUUGCGUGAGUUUAUGAAUUCAUACAGGAAUAGAACGUGUA